UACAAAAGUUAUAUAUUUCAGUAUCAGUGAUUCUUUAGUUACAGGAAGUCAAAAUACAAAUUCUGUUGUAUGAUUUACAUACAAUUAUCGCGAAUAAUAUAUUCAAGAUUAACACGCGCAAUGGCAUUUAAUCUUGUUCACAUUAAAAGUUAAAUUUUUCAUGCUUACGUGCGCGAAUAAUAACGUUAUAAGAGUGUUAUAAAAAAAAAUUACGAAUGGAUUUUUAAAGUCUCUGAAUUGGUGACAAAAUUAAAUUACAUUAUAUAUUUACACAGACUUAGCCACCACAACUCAAACACAGUUCUGACAAUACUCUUGCUUGGCAUGGUGGAAGGUUAAGAUUGAAAUUUCCAAGAAUUAAAAUCUCAAAAGAAGCGCUUUGAGGGUUAUACAAUUUGAAUGUACAAAGUUUAUUUCUGCACAAGAUAUGUUGUAAAUAUUUGAGUUUAUCUUCAAAAAAUGUAAAAACAAAAAAAAAAAGAUUCAGGUGUAUCAAUUUGUUGAAAAGAGGAUGUACGACAAAGGAUAUGAAACAAUAAGACGUCAUCAGGAUUUAAAAAAUUCUUGGUACUGACGUACAGAGAGUAUAUUUGUGUAUAUCUAUAAUAUGCCGUCGAUAGAAGAAUAUUGAAUAAAUCAUAAGCUGAUAGAAAAUAAAACAGUAUUCAGGAAGAAAAGGAGUACCUGUAAAAGGCAUAUAUAUAUGCAAUGGAUUCUUUUGAGAGAUGCAGAAAAUUUUCAUUAAAAAAAUUGUUAUUACAACGAGUACCAAUUUUUAAUUGGUUACCAAAUUAUAAAAAAAAUUGGAUACUCCAGGAUGUAUUGGCGGGUAUUACAGUUGGUCUAACAGCGAUACCGCAAGGAAUUGCCUACGGCAUUGUUGCAGGUUUAGGUCCUGAGUAUGGCUUGUACGCGAGUUUUAUGGCGUCAUUUGUUUACAUAAUUUUUGGAUCUUGUAAAAAUAUAACAAUAGGUCCAACUGCAAUAAUGGCAGUGAUGAUAAGACCUCUUGUACUUGAGUACGGAGCGGACAUGGCAGUUUUGAUGUGUUUUCUAAAGGGAGUACUCAUCACUCUUGUAGGAGUCUUUCAUUUGGGCUUUUUACUCGAUUUCAUAUCAUUUCCGGUUAUCACGGGUUUUAUGGCUGCAGCCGCUAUUAGCAUAGCUUCUUCACAAUUGAAACCACUUGUGGGAAUUUCCGGCUCUUUUCUGAAUUUUUCCGAUUAUAGAUUGUGGGAUAUAGUCCUUGGAAUUAGUACUAUUGGUCUUUUAAUACUCAUGAAGAAUAUUUCCUGUGGUUGUAAAAAAUUAACAUGGAUGAUUGUAAUUAGCCGAAAUGCAUUAGUCGUUAUUCUAGGAGCAUUAUUGGCAUUUUUAUUUUAUGUCAAUGAAUUAGAACCCUUCAAAUUAACAGGUAUAAUGACUCAAGGAUUGCCAUCCCUUUCUCUUCCUCCUUUUUCCACUCAAAAUGGAACAAUCGGUUUUCUUCAAAUGACAAAGACAAUGGGUACAUCUUUAUUUACCGUUCCUAUUAUCUCAACAAUCGAGCACAUUGCCCUCGCAAAAGCAUUUUCAAUGGGGAGAUCUUUGGAUGUCACGCAAGAAAUGUUAGCACUUGGUAUUUGUAACAUUAUGGGAUCUUUUGUUCGCUCAAUGCCGGUAACAGGUUCUUUUACCAGAACUGCAGUAAAUCACGCAUCGGGAGUAAAAUCACCUCUUGGGGGAAUUUUCACAGGAGCUCUUGUUCUUUUAGCAGCUGGACUUUUAACGUCAACAUUUCGUUUUAUACCCAAAGCAACUCUAGCUGGGGUUAUUAUAUGUGCCAUGUACAAUAUGUUAGAUUUCAAUACAUACAUGAUGCUUUGGCGAGCCAAAAAAAGUGAUUUUCUUGUAAUGAUAAUAACUCUAUUAUCUUCCAUUAUUUUCGGACUGGAAAUUGGUAUUUUAAGUGGAUUAGCAAUGAAUUUACUACAUUUGCUUUAUUUCAUGGCAAGACCAUCAAUUGAAAUUCAAACAUCAAAUGAUAAUGGCAACAGAAUAGUUUAUGUCUUACCGGAAGAGACAGUCUCGUUUCCGGCUUCAGAAAAUUUACGAAGUAAGAUAACAAUGUUAUCCGGAGAAAAUCCCUGUACAGUUAUAUUUGAUUGCAAAAAUUUAAGGAGGAUUGAUGUUACCGUUGUCAUGAAUAUGAAAUUAUUAUCCAACGAUUUAUAUUUGAAAGGACAAGAAUUUCAUUUUAUAAAUUGCUCAGAAUUUGUGAGCAAUGUAGUACAAGAAGUUGCACCGAAAUUAAUAAAUAAAAUUUUAUUACCUGAAAUACCUGAAAAUAAUUAAUAUUCUACAUAUUUCAGUGUAAAAUGAAUUAAAAAAUUAAUUUUUAUAAUUUUUAAAUAAUAAAUUUUGUCAUUAAAAAAUA